GAGGAGGGGUUUCUUCACGAUGAGAGUGGGGAGGCUCCGAGGAGUCCUUAGAGAGACCUUCCAGCACCUGAAGGGGCUACAAGAAAGCUGAGAGGGGACAGGACAAGAGGGAAUGGCCUGAAGCUCCGCCAGGGGAGGUUCAGUCAGCUGCCAGUUUCUGGGUGCAAAAUGCAGUACCUCUGAGGGGAGAGAAGUAUGCAGUGGUGUUGGUUCUCAGUGUAAAGAGUUCUGAGACUGGCUGAUUUCUCAGGAGCAAUGAUCCACGCUCCCAACAUCCCAACAGCUUUCACCCUUCGUCUGGCUUUACAGGAGAAUGUUUGCAAAGGAUGGAGUUAGAGCACCUGAAGAAGCUGCGUGAGGUCAACCAGGACCUUCUACACAGGCUCAGAAUGAUGCAGGAAGAGAUGAGAAAAAGUCUUCCCAGCAAGACACUCUUUCCAGCAUCUCUUCAUGAUAGAACAGCUACGGAAAGAUCUGUCCCCUUGCCCACGGGAGGGAAGGAGAAUCAGGUCAAGAAUGGAAACUCUACAGCUGACCCUGCAGUGCUGGUGUCUGUGGAACCUGGAACUCACAUGGCCAGAACAGCCCUCUGUUCAUCUCUUAAACACAGCAGCAAUAACAGAGAGGUUCAGGAACAACAAGCGAAGAUGCAAGAAGCAGUAGGUUUGGAUUCCACCUUUCCUGACAAAGAGAAGAUUUUUACGUCAGUGUCUGCAAUCAUUACAUGUGGCAGAGAAAACUCCAGAGUGGAUAGGGAUGGCUGUGCUCAAGGAAGUCCAAAGAAAGACUCCUUCCUUCUGGAACAUGGAGAGAACAGAAGACAGUCCACUGUGCUACAUGAUCUCCAUGAGAAAACACAGCUUAAAGGUCAUCUGGACCCAUCACUGAGCAAAAUACAAAGUGAAAAGCCCAGCAAGCAGCAUGUCGUCAAUAGAGAGCCCACAAUCCCUGAAUCAAUCUCACUGACGUCUCAGUCCAAGAAGGUGAAGGACGCUGGCCAUGUGACUUUUCAGUCUGACCCUGAAGAAUAUACUGUGCCUGUGAGCAGCUGGUCCGCGCGUCCCUUCCUGGGCUAUGACUGGAUUGCAGGGCUCCUGGAGACAAAUUCUUCAAUAGCAGAAAAAUCGGAUCAAUACUUUGCUGAUCUGCAUGAGUUCCGACAGGCCAACAAAGAAGCGUGUAUUCAUGAGCAGCCCCUGGAGCCCGAGGCUCUGGAUUACGUAGUUCCGCAACAAGAACCAGAUUUGAUAACCAAUUCUCACAAGUGUGUUUACUGUUAUCGACUAAACCAGCGCCUCUUCACUGUCCCUGUGGAUUCAGAAUCUGCCUGCCCCGUUUGUAAGAUCCCACGUGCUCACCAGCCCCCAGAAGAGCCAGCCCAUGUCAGGGUCAGCAUUCCCAGGUCUACCCUUCUGCCUGCCUACAAAUACAAAGCCCAUCGCAGGAAGAGCUUUGAACUGGCAGACAAUCUAGCAUUACCCUCGCAUUGCCUGGCUGGCUGGAAAAAUAUCAUCCCUUCCAGUGACCCUACACUCAGCAGCUUGGAUCUGCGAGCUUCAUUGAAAGAGAAGCCUUCUCACCAUGCUCGCUUGGUGAAAGAACUCAAUGUCACUGCACCUGCUUGCCCAAGUUAACCUCAGCUUGUCUCUUUGAAUGUUGAUUCUGGCCUCUUUGAUGGUGCAAGCUGAAACAGACUAAAAGGAUGCCUGUCCGUGGAACCUUUUGGGUUUUUUUUCCUUCAUCUCCCUUGUCUCUCCAGUGCAAGGCUAAGCCAUACAAUGCCGGAUCUUGUCUGUGGUAGCAAAUCUUCAGAAAAGGUUCUUUUCCCCAUGCAUGUGCUUCAGGCCAGCUUUAACCCUCUCUUUGUACUCUCCUUCUUGUGUUCUCAUAUCCCCUUUCAAGUGGAGCUUCUCACAAAUGCUCGGUCUCUAAAUAUAUUUUUUUUUA